AUGGAUAAAUUUGAGAAGACCGCUAAGCGUGCCUCGAAAGCUUGCGACUUUUGUCGCAGUAAAAAAAUCAAAUGUGACGGCGAAUCAUUUUGCAAGAAUUGCAAGAACCACAACAUUGAAUGUACUUAUAUGUACGUUUCCAAAAAGCGGUCAUCCCGGAGAAGGAAGAGUGCCAACAUGAGCGAUUUUUCAGAAAGCGAGAGUGCAAUCUCAGAAACUAAUAAGCUAAGGCAUCGUAACGGCGUCUCCAAGGAUCUCGAGGGAAGGCUCAACAAACUUGAAUCCAUGGUGCAUGCCUUGUUGAAUAAACUGGAUCCCGAGAAAGAGAAUAUCGUGGAAAGUUUUGUUCGAGAGAGCGACUCUCCUGAAAAUUGCAAACAAGAUGCUGAGCCUGUUGCAGACUCAAAUGCAAACCAGGCAGACCUUGAAGAGAUUUACUUUGGGCCCCUGACUACGUUUUCAUUGUUUUCUGCCAAGGGUCUUAAAUGGCUUGAUAGCCUCCUUCCGGAUGACACACCAACAAAAGUUUUGCGCCGUCAUAUUGCUAUGUUAGUGAAGGCAGAACAUCAGAGGAAACCAACUCAAAACUAUACUAUGGUCAACGCGGCAUGGGAUAUUUUCCCACCUGCCGAAAUAAUUGAUUAUCUUCUGAACACCGUCGAGCCCUUCUUUCAAGACUUUUAUCCCAUGAAGAUCGCUGAAAUACGCCGCCUUUUCGACAAAUACUUGAAGUAUAAGAGUGGCCUUCGAUCUCUGAACUCAUUGCACCCAUCAGAAGUUUUACUCAUGAGCAGCAUGAUGCUCCAUUCAUGUUGUAUAGCCAGUGAGUUGGUGAGGACCAUGAACUUUCCGUGCCCAAUGCCGUUGACUCAUCUGCAGGAACUGGAAAGAAAACUUUCUGAGAGCUGUCUAAAGCUGCUUCUCAAUCACACGGUGUCGCACUCCAAUCUUCUAAAACUACAAGCUCUCUACUUGCUUGUGCCGAUUGCUGAUAUUUGUAUGGAUCACCAUGCAUGCGCACUGUCAAACACACUGUUUGCCAGAUCCGCCCUCGAACUGGGUCUGCACAGGGAAGAGAGCUAUCUGGGGGGAAACCAAGAAAGAAGGGACCAAAAGAUAUAUUUGUGGUGGAGGGCUUACGUUCUAGAUAAAGAGGUUUGUCUGAAAAGUGGUUUGCCUCCUAUCUUAAAUGACACAGAUAUCACUACGCCUCCUCUACCUGGAUUUGAGGAAUUUUGGGCAAUGCCCUAUGAACGUCUGCCAGACGGAAGACACAAAAGAGAAAUCAUGAGAGAUAAAAUAGUCGCCAAGCUAACAUCGUUAUUGGAUAGCAACAAACAAGACCUCUCCUUUGAGCUCUAUCUCACAUACGAUCUUGCGGUGAUCUCGUCAAGAACAUACCAGGAGCUGUUUUCGGCUACCUCUCUCGUCAGAAAAACAAGAUCUCAGAUUACAAACACAAUCGAGUCACUACUUCAUGAUUUGGAAUGCUGGAGAAUGUGCUUCCCUAAGAAAAUUAGACCUGGCGAGACGUUUCUGUAUCUGGGUGCUCCGACAAAGGCGAACAAUGUAACUGAUGGCAUCUUCCUUCCAUUUUUGGUUCUCAACUACAAUCUGAAGUAUUACCUACUUCAGAUCAUUAUAUCGAAGACGAUGCUGCGUCUUAAUUGGUAUUCAGACCAUAAACAUUCCCAUUUAUCCUCAAACAGGAACAACCAACAUGCUAGUUUUGAGAGCAUUGGUUUGAACGCUAUAAGACAGAUAUUGCAAAUUGCGUACAAGAUUGACAAGAAAAAUCAAGCUUACGUUUAUUUUGCCACUUACUAUUUCAUGUGCGCCUAUGUUGCGCUGAUCGCGGAAGUUUUGCAAAAUUUGAACUCACCGGAAGUUGUCGAAGACGUGCAACUCCUGUUCUGGGUCAGCAAAAACUACUUUGCUGUUGGUGCUGUCAAGUCGCUUCCCAACCACCACAAAUGGCAGACGAUGGACAAAAUCAGCAGAUGUCUCUUCUACACAGUGUGGUGUUCGGUUCCCAACAUUCAGGAACGCAGCAAGCUAGACGUGGGAGACUUCCUUGAUGAGUUCUUUCAAAUGGCAGAUGAAAUCAAAUCGAAGGCCAAAAAAGACGGGUCCACAUCUUUGAAAGUACCUAGCCUCCAAUCUCCUUCGUCGUACUCUCGAGUUUCAAUGGAGAGACCCACGAUUGACAAAACUGGUGCAGACCUGCAGCGAAGAGAGCUGUUGGAUCAGAUCUGGGGUUCCUCUUCGACGUCUGGAAAACAGACUCCCAAUAACAGCGAAGAUUCGUUGCUUGACGGACUUUACUACGAUGAGGACUUUCUGAUUCCGAACAUGUUCAGUCUUCCAAACUAUCUUUUUGAUGUCAAUCAAAAUCCCCUUGACGCUUCUAUGAAUACACUAGGAUUAUAG